AUGGAAGACGACUGUGAAGUUUUAACUGCUGAGAAUGAAGACGAACAUGAUCCACUUAUUGCUGAAAUCGACAUCCACUUAACACGUUUAUUUGCUGACCAACUCUAUUUGUUUCAAUAUCCACUUCGUCCCAACCAUCUCCAAUAUGAACACAAUGCCACGUUCAUCGGUGCACGUGUCAAACCUAAGAAUAAACUCGUUCAACUAGAUUAUGUUCUCGACACUCAAUCGAGUUUUCAUUGCAAAACAAAAGAAUCAACAAGUAUCGAAAAUUGGACCACAGCAUCAUCUGCAACUGCGACAAACUCUACUGAGAAAAUCAGCUCGUUUGAUCGUUUAACAUUAUCGUCAACUAACCUGACAGCGGGCGAUAAUUAUAAACGUUUUACUGUCGGCCUUCUCACGCCCAAUGGCAUUCAGUUAUCUCCAUUGAAUGCCGUCUUUCAACUACGGCCAGAUUUUGACUCGACUUCAUCUGUUCUCGUUCAACAAUCGAUCUCACUCAAUGAUGAUGACGAAGAAAAUGAUCCAAAUUUCCCUAAACAAUCAAAUUCGAAUACGGACGAUACGACAACAGAUGAGGAAACCAAUGACAAACACAUGAAUGAACUUGUGACGAUGAAAUUCUGGCGACCAGAAGGUCGUCUACAACGUGAGAAGAAGCUGCGCUCUUACAAUUAUAUCGAGCGUGCACGAAACGAAGAACGAUGGAUCGAUUUCGCAUAUUAUUCAUCGAAUGAAUUACAGUCAAGUGAAUUGAUUCGUAGAUGGUUUCAAAUGGAUGACAUUGAACGGAAUCGAUUGCCUAUCCGAUGGAGAAAAACAAUACCUAUUCAUGACUAUUUUCAAAUCUUAUUUUUCGGUACACAAUCCUCGCUCGAACUUUCCGUUGAAAAAGAGCAAAGUCAAAUGGAAUCAAAUAAUAGUACAGAACAAAAACCAUUGAUUGUCCCGCCGACCAAGCCAAAAAAGAAGAAAAAAACUGAAACAAAGAAAAGUUCGACGACAAGAAAAAGCCGAAGUCGAAGUCGAAAAUCGACUGAUUCUAUUCCGACAUUGAAUUCUGAGCAGCAACAGCAAUCUCAAUUAUCAACGACGAGCACUCCCCUAUCGUCUGUAUCUUUACCCAACACCAUAAUCAAACAAGAUCCCGAAACAAUACAGAAUGAACUAUUAUCGUUUAUGAAACGACGUUUUGGUUAUCGACCAUAUUUUAAAUUCAGUGAAAUUAAUAUCGCAAUAAAACUUGAAUUGAUCUCAUCACCACCUGGACAUCCACUUGCAUCAGGAGUUACCGAAGCGAGUAUACUCCGAGCAGCUGCUGGAAUCGGAGCUAUUUAUGUGAAUAAAAAGUGGCCAAAAAAUCUCAAACAGGAACCGGUUUUCAUCAAUGCUCAAAUGGGCGAUAAAUAUGAUGUGCUUCGUCGUUACGUCGCUGAACUACUAGAGAAAUGCGAUAGUUUUCAAUUUACGGAAUUGCGCUCCCGAAUCAAACAAGAAAAUCAAACCCAACAAUUUCCCGUGCACGAAGUGAAAAAAUUCGUUAAAGAUCAUUGUAUCGCUCGUUCUUCACGUAAAGGUGUACUCUACUGUGUAAAAGGCACGUUGGUCAAGUAA